CUGUUUCAAGCCAAAAUUUUCUGAAACCCAAAGCAUCAUCCACAUCGCUCUUUGGCUGCCGCGAUGGUCAAGGUUUUCCUGGACAUCGACAUCGACGGCGAGUUGGCGGCCUUCCAACUGGGCCAGGCCUUUGUGGAGGCCAAUGACAUCAAGUACUCUUUGAGCUCCAAGGACGUCUUGGCGCUUGGUGGCUCGGAAAUCUCGCGGCUGCCCGAGCUUUUUGAGUCCGACUACGAGUGGAGCCAAAAGGGUCGAGCGCUGUUCAAACCGCCAGAACAGCGAGUAGUUAUCGAGCUCUUCGAAAAGGAGAGCCCGAUGGCCUGCGCCAACUUCAAGGCGUUUUGCACCGGAGAGAAGGGGAAGUCCAAGGAAUCGGGGAAGGAGAUGUGCUACAAGAACGUGCCCUUCCAUCGAAUCCUGAAGGGCUUCAUGAUGCAGGGUGGUGACUUUGUGACGGGCACCGGCGCUGGCGGUGAGAGCAUUUAUGGCAAAAAAGGCUUCAAGGAUGACCCGGGUGGACUGAAGCUGAAGCACGAUGCGAGAGGCAUCGUUUCCAUGUCCAACACUGGCAAGAACUCCAAUACCUGCCAGUUCUUCAUCACCUUUGGUGAUCAAAGCAAGCUGAAUGGCAAACACGUGGUCUUUGGCCGUGUGGUCGAAGGCAUGGAGGUCAUCGAUCGGGUGGAAGAAGAAACCGGCACAGCAGCGGAGGACAAACCUCUCAAGCCGGUAACCAUUGUCGACUGCGGGAUCCUAUCGUGAAGCUUGUGAGUCCCUACGGUUGUAGACGCAAGUCCUGGGACAGAUGCAGCCUCUGGUGAUCUUAGUGAUCUUAGUGGCGAAAGCAUCAUUUCUGGUCGCCACGGCAAUGGACGAAAGCAUCGGUUUGACGUCCGAUUGACAUGUUCAGAAACUCAAUGACUCAAAGCCUUCGUGUUGGACUCGAUUGCUUGCUCCCGGCCUUGGUGUGGCCAAGUAGAAACUCAGUCGCAAAAAAUGACCAGGAUGGGAGCAACAUCUUGCAAGCAUGGCCUGAGCAUGAAGCCAUGUGGAGAGACAUUAAACCUGCAUGUGAAUCACAUGCAACAUAUUCCAUGUGCAUUUGGAGGCCAUCGCUAGUAGGUAGGUAGUUGAC